ACCGGCUCUAUUAUUUUGCUGCCAAAUCUUAAGAAAUGACGUAGUCCUUCUAAUCAAUUUCACCGCCAGAACUUUGCCGUUAAAUUCUCUCAUCCCUGAAUUCUGAAGAAUUCCAUAUUUUUAGAACCCUACAAGACAUCGAAAGGUUCAAUUCAUUUCGGAUUCCAGUCUCCUUAACCUGCCCAAUAAGAAUAUCGGCCGUUUUCAUUGCUUUCUCAACUUUCGGAGCAAUUUUUCCAGUAAUUUUACCAUAUCAUUCAUUGAUUUUCCAGCGCUGUUAACUGAAAUUAGGGUUUUAUCGUCGGUUCGGUUCCCUGGACAUUUCCAAAAAGAGUAUUGCUUUCGCUUCUCUUUGUCUUAAAAAAAAAAGCCCAAAAUGGGAGAAGCUGGAAACCCUAGAACAAUUACAGAAUCAAGCUCUCCAUUGAUGAAUGAUGGUAUAGGGACUGGUAGCCUAAUUCCUCAACUAUUUACCUCUGUUCCAGCACUCAAUGAAGCAGCAUCUUACCUUGCUCAAUCCACUUCAUUAUUAACCCGUUGUUUUACUGAUUAUUCUGUAGAAUAUUCUUCCAGAGAUUCUGGGAAUUCAACUACACAUGCACAGGAGUUGGUGAUAUUUUCUUCUGGACAAAGUGAGCAACCUCUGGAUGAUGAUUGCCCAUCCUCAAGUCAUGGCCAUUCAACAUUUUCUGCACCAUCAACAUCUGCCACCGCGCUACCUCAUAUUCACAAUGGAAUAACAAAAACCUCUCCCAAUGGCCUAUCUCAAAAUACUAAUGCGAUUAUACCAUCUAAUACUAGUGGUCAAAAUGGAAUGUCCAUUUUUCAAGGGCUUAUUGAGCGAGCACGGAGGACUGUUCGUGGAUCUGCUGAUGAUAUAGGAUGGAUGGAACGUGCUUCACAGUUGCCUUCUGUUGAAGAUGGAACUGAAAGAUUUAUGGAAAUUCUUGAUAACAUCAGGCAUGGUCUACACAAGUUGCCAAAUUCAGUGGUUUACUUGUUGGUUCCAGGUCUUUUCAGUAAUCAUGGACCCCUUUAUUUUGUUGAUACAAAAGUGAGAUUCUCCAAGAUGGGUCUGACCUGUCACAUUGCCAAGAUUCACAGCGAGGCUUCGGUUGAGAAAAAUGCCAGAGAGAUAAAAGAGUACAUUGAGGAAAUUUAUUGGGGCUCAAACAAACGUGUCAUGCUUCUUGGACAUAGUAAAGGGGGAAUAGAUGCAGCUGCUGCUUUAUCAUUGUAUUGGUCUGAUUUGAACGAUAAGGUAGCCGGUUUGGCAUUAGCACAAAGUCCAUAUGGUGGUACUCCAAUAGCUUCAGAUAUUUUGCGUGAAGGACAGCUUGGUGAUUAUGUUAAUGUGCGGAAACUUAUGGAGAUUAUAAUCUGUAAAGUGAUUAAGGGUGACAUCCAAGCUUUAGAAGACUUGACUUAUGAGAGGAGGAAAGAAUUCCUGUCAAAGCACCAGUUGCCAAGAGAACUUCCUGUUGUAUCAUUCCACACAGAAGCUGGGAUUACUCCUGCAGUUCUAGCCACGCUCUCCCAUGUUGCUCAUGCAGAAUUACCUUUGGUGGGCGAGCCGGCGAAACUCCCUGUGAUGAUGCCCCUUGGUGCUGCAAUGGCUGCAUGCGCACAGCUGCUGCAAAUCAGGUAUGGUGAAAAAAGCGAUGGGCUGGUCACACGGCGUGAUGCAGAAGUCCCUGGAUCCAUUGUAGUGCGCCCCAAACGGAAAAUGGACCAUGCGUGGAUGGUGUACUCAUCAUUAAAUGACGACCCUUCUGAAGGAGAUGCUUCUCAAGUGUGUGAAGCACUAUUGGCGUUGCUCGUGGAAGUUGGCCAAAAGAAAAGGCAUGAACUUUCAAUGAAAGACGAGUGAAGAAUCAUCAGAUUCAUGUGCUGUUCAUGUACAUUUGAAUAAAUUUGGGUGUUAAAGUGCCUUGUGAUAUUGUACAUACAUACGUCGAAAUUAGAAUCUCUUUUUGUCC